UUAAUUUGAUUGACAAAUAUUUUAGGGUAUAUAAAACAGUUCCGUGAAUUAAAAUUUCAAAAUUGGAAUCAUCGCAAAAGUGAAAUGGAGCUACCGUCUUUAAUUCUAUUUUGCCUCCUGGCUUCUGCAUUUGGCUCACCAAUAUUCGAAGAAUUUGAAAUUGACGAUGAAUUUGCAUUUAAUAAUAAGCUAAGUGGACGUAUUGUCGGUGGUAAUGAGGCAAUUUCUGGAGCAUUUCCCUAUCAAGUUUCACUUCAAAGGGGUCAUUUUCAUUUUUGCGGUGGUUCCAUUUUAAACAAACAUUGGAUCUUGAGCGCCGGUCAUUGCUUCCAAGAUCAUAGCAUAUUCGGUAAAAAUGUUGUCGUUGGAACGAAUAAUUUGAAGAAAGGAGGCGACAGUUUUAAAAUAAAAAGAGUUAUUGUUCAUCCUGAAUUUAAUAUUCGAAAAUUAAAAAAUGAUCUGGCGCUUGUUGAAAUUAAAGGAUCUUUAGAAUUUUCCUCAACAGUGAAACCAAUCGCCCUUCCACCGAAUGAUAUUCGAGAAGCAGAUACAUCAGUUAUUGCAUCCGGUUGGGGUAGACUAAAGGUGAACGGAAAAUCUCCCAUACAACUGCAAUAUUUGAAUAGUAAAAUCUUCGAUCAUCAGAAAUGUAAAUCAUACAAUCCACUCGUGACAGAGACAAAUAUUUGUACAUUCACCAAGAAAGGGCAAGGUUUAUGCAAUGGCGAUUCUGGUGGUCCAAUCGUAGCAGGCGAAUAUCAAGUUGGAAUUGUUUCAUGGGGACAACCGUGUGCACGAGGCUUCCCAGAUGUGCAUACAAGAGUGUUCAGUUAUGUUGACUGGAUCAAGGCCAAUACACAUGCAUCAUGGCUUGAUAAAUCCAAUGAACUUUCCGAAGAGGAAAUUUUAACUUAUAAACUCGACGGACGAAUUGUCGGCGGAAGUCCAGCUCCUGAAGGCGGUUUCCCAUAUCAAGUUUCUCUUCAACGGAAAGGAAAGCAUUUCUGCGGUGGUUCAAUUGUAAAUGCAAAAUGGAUUUUGACAGCAGCUCAUUGCCUCCAAGUUGUCACGGCAGAGCAAGUUACAGUUGUUGCUGGUACGAAUAACUUAACAUUAGGUGGAACAGAAUACAAAGCAAAACGUCUGGUCAUCCAUCCAAAUUUUGAUCUGAGAAAAAUAGCCGGUGACAUUGGUCUAAUUGAAAUUGAUGGAACAAUAACAUUUUCAACGAGAAUAGGAAAAGUAUCUCUUCCAUUAACUGAUGUUUCUGAUGCUAAUACAAAAGUUGUUGUCACUGGUUGGGGAAAAACUUGGGUCUUUGGCAAAGUUUCAAUUGUGCUAAAAUCAUUGGAGACUAGAAUUCUUAGGCACACCUUCUGUAGACUUUUCAAUGUCAUGAGAAUAACUGACAAGAAUAUUUGCACAAUUAGCAGAUUUGGAAAUGGAGUUUGUCACGGUGAUUCUGGUGGUCCAUUAGUUGCCAAUGGUGUUCAAGUCGGAGUAGUUUCAUGGGGACUUCCAUGUGCUCUAGGAGCACCCGAUGUAUACACUCGUGUGUACAGUUACAAGGACUGGCUCAACGGUUACAUUAAUAAUUAAAAUCUCUGAAAUUAUUUAUUAUUUUUUAGUGCCAUAUGAAAAAUCUAAUAUCGUAGAGUAUUUCGUCAUUAAAACUACUGGAAUUUAUUGUAAUAUUCGUUUUGUACUACCAAAUGAAACUCAAUAUUGUAAAUACAUCAAUAAAUUUACAUUUACUACUUACGAAA